AUGGAUGAACUGGUGCAUGACUUGGCCUCAGCCUUAGAGCAAACUUCAGAACAAAACAAGCUGGAUGAGCUAUGGGAAGAGAUGGCUCUAAGUCCACGGCAGCAGCGGCGUCAGCUUCGCAAGAGACGGGGUCGUAAACGGCGCUCAGACUUCACACAUCAGGCAGAGCACACCUGCUGCUACAGCGAGGCUUCGGAGUCAAGCUUGGACGAAGCUGUCAAGGAUUGCCGCGAGGUGUUGACGGCCAAUUUUAGUGACUCUGAUGACAUGGCAGUGGUCAAACGGCACCCAGCUCUCAGUGCCACUCUGAGGAGCAAGCAACACUCUUGGCAUGAGUCAGACUCCUUUACAGAGAAUGCACCCUGUCGACCUCUCAGGCGCCGACGGAAAGUGAAACGUGUGACCUCUGAGGUGGCUGCCAGUCUCCAGCAAAAGCUCAGGGUGUCGGAGUGGAACUAUGAGAGGGGCUGCAGGUUCAAGUCAGCCAAGAAACAGUGUCUUUCACGCUGGAAAGAAAAUACCCCUUGGACAUCAUCUAGUCAUGGCCUUUGUGAAUCAGGAGAGAACAGGCCCUUCCUGAGCAAAGGUGGAAGGAAGGAGCGGAUGGAGUGUGAAGCUGAUGAGCAGAAACAGGGCUCAGAUGAAAACAUGUCAGAAUGUGAAUCCAGCAGUGUGUGCAGCAGCAGUGAUACUGGCCUGUUCACCAAUGAUGAGGGCCGUCAAGGAGAUGAUGAGCAAAGUGAUUGGUUUUAUGAAGGAGAAUGUGUUCCAGGAUUCACUGUCCCCAACCUUCUUCCCAAGUGGGGAGCUGACCACCGAUCUGAAGUGGAGCAUAUUGAUUCAGGCCUUGACAAGCUCUCAGAUUCCACAUUCCUUUUGCCCUCACGGCCUGCUCAGAGAGGAUUUCAUGCUCGCCUGAAUCGCCUUCCAGGAGCUGCUGCCCGUUGUCUCCGAAGAGGUCGGAGGAGGCUUAUUGGCAAGGAGACCUCCAUGAGCACUCUGGGCACCGAGAGGCUAGGUCAUAUUGUUAGUGAUCCACGCCAGAAAGAAAAGAACAAAGUGCUGGCUUCUGAUUUCCCAAACACAGUGGCCUGUGCCCAUGAGUUCAAUCCAUUAUCUCCUCUGUACUCUCUGGAUGUGCUUGCUGAUGCUUCCCACCGAAGAUGCUCACCAGCACACUGCACUGCCAGGCAAGGAAAUGUACACCUGGGACCACCAUGUUCAAGGGACAUCAAGAGGAAACGAAAGCCAGCUGCAGCCUCCAUAUCCAGUCCAACAUCAGCAACUUUACCUGCCCACACGGAUGCAGCAGAGUCAGAGCUACCAGCAACACCAUCCCUGAGAUCCCAGAACUCUGAGUGGACAAGGAAAGCACCAGCAGCUGAGAAAGCCACUAUUGCUGCUUCUUGUAACUUUUUUAAAAUGCCACCAGAGAAGAGCCCUGGAUACAGCUAAAAGGAAGCACUGCAACUGUCAAAGCUUGCUGGAUUUUGGACCCUGGUGUGUGUCUUCACCAGACAUCUUGUUUGGCAGUGAUCUCUUCAGUAUU